CUGUAUAGAUAGAGACCUUUGCUUACUUCACCCUCCUUCCCUCUAUUCAUUCAUUCUCCCUUAUCUCUCUCAUUUUCUUAAUCUUUUUUCUCUUUUGUUUGCUUCCAGAACCUUAAAGAGAACUAAGAGAGAUAGAUGGGGAACUGUCAAGCUGUGGAUGCUGCAGUCCUUGUGAUCCAGCAUCCAUGUGGGAAGAUAGAGAGGUUGUAUUGGCCAAUCACUGCAAGUGAGGUCAUGAGGACUAAUCCAGGUCACUAUGUGUCUUUGAUAAUACCAUUGCCUGUGCCACCACAGGGACAGAACCAAGAGCAGAAGACCGUGCGUUUUACCCGUGUUAAGCUGCUCCGGAGUAAUGAGACUCUCAAUCUUGGCCAUGCUUACAGGCUUCUCACUACUCAAGAGGUUAUGAAGGUCUUGAAAGCAAAGAAGCAUGCAAAGACGAGGAAGCCACAGGCAGAGACAGUUGAUAAACAGCACACAGUGCAGCCUGAAAAGCAGAGUUCACCAAGUGAGUCACAGACAGGAGGGGAGUCCGAAACAGGAAAGACAUAUCAGGGAAUGAGAGCAGAGAGACACAGGCCAAGGGCGGCGCAGGCAAAUCCCGCUGUACUGAGAUCAAAAUCCUGGCGCCCCUCUUUACAAAGCAUCUCAGAAUCGGCAAGUUGAUUGGUGCAAAGUUGUGACAUGCAUAAUGGCUCAUAGGACAUUAUUUGACUACCUCUUUCAUGUCGGAUGUUCCUCCUAGAUAAUUUGUGACACAUAGGCAUGGAAAUUCAACAGAGGUUUGAACUUUGAACCAAGAUUUCUCUUCCAACGCCAAUCACACACUCAACUGCAAAACCAUGCUCCAGAGAUAACAUGUAUGUAUAGCCCCAACAAGAAGAAAAAAAAAAAAAGUAAUGAAUGUAAAAAUAUAAAAGAAGUGAGUUUUGUGAUUGAUAUAGUUUACAGCAUCCACAUCUUCCUUUUAAUUAUUAGCAAAUGAGCAAUU